AGAGAAUCAGUGGAUGAAUGAAGCAUCAGCUGUAAAUUUGGAUUUUGUAAUAUUUGGAUACAUUCAAUUUUAGCUCACCUGAACACGAAGUGCUCAAGUUUCACGCUGAAUAAACUGGAAGACUGCAACACCAUUCAUGGAGGUCAGCAAGAGGGCAGCCACUCAGGUGUCUGACCGGAAGGAAAAGUUCCCCACCCAAGUUUCUGAACUGGAGGAAAAGUUUUGUAAUUUCGGUACACAGGCUGUUCAUCCCAGGGGAACAGAUGAAGCUGAUUUGGUCAGGAAUAUCCGUGAAUUAUCACCUGAAACACAAGAAUACCUUGAUAUCAUCAUUCAAGGUCUUAGAAAUGGAAAAGCGAAAAUUGACCAGGGCAAAGAUGGAAUGCUUCAUGUGCAGUACACAAAUCCAAAAAAGCACCACUGGGAUAUCUCUGAAGCCAGCAGGAUAGCUGUACCAAAAUCAGACAGUGAAAUGGAAAGCAAAAUGGAGACAUGUCUUCGACUAAUUGAGUACAUCAAGGAGAAUAAAGCACAUUCCGGGGUUGUGUUUGACAGGACAAAGGUAAAGCUAUCCCAAGGUCAGUACAGAGAGGGCCAAGAAUUUGAUAAAGUGAAAAAUGUUCACACAUCCAGUCACAGGGAUGCAACCAGAUAUAAACAACAGGAGUGUUCAAGUGAGCAAAUUUCCAAGACUGUCAAGGGAGUUCUUGGCCAGGGGAAAAGCUCGUUUGGUGACAUAAUAGUUGUCAAGGAUAGGGGAACGGGGGCCCAACAUGCUCAAAAAACGAUCAUGAUCUCACAGUUCAAUACGAACGAGAUUCGAUGCUGGGUCGACUUGAAUGAAACUGGGUAUGUCCCUCACCUGUACAUGUUCCGAAAUGACGGCGAUAAAGUUGUGAUCAAUAUGGAAGUUUUAGAAACAGCCAAAACUCUCGACAGUAUUAUAGAAGAACAUGUUCAUAUCUUGAGAAGACCAGAAAAUGCUCAUUUGCUGAAACCGUUUUCCCUCUAUGUGCUGGAUGGAGCGUUGGAAGCAUUGUGUGAUAUGCACAAGAAAGGAUGGACACAUGAUGAUUUGCAUAGUGGAAAUGUGAUGUUGGACAAUGAACUCAAGAUCAAGAUUAUAGAUUUUGGAAGUGCCAAAAAAAUCGAAAACAAUGCUACAGGAUUCCAACAGAUCCCGUUUCAAAAUGACAUAAGAAAUGCCGUCCGCUUGUUUACUGGUUUAUUCGGUGGACAGUACUUUCAUUCUGUUUAUGACAUAGUGAACAAUGCAACGGAAAGAAUAGAAGAGGCUGCUCAGGAGUACAGUCUGACUAACGAAGACAAAGCAGAAUUGUUUGCUUUGAUAGAUGCAGCUAUAAAGAUAACACAUCCUAGCCAAAAAGAAUUCGAGAUAUACAGGCGAGAUGUGAAAAACAGAAUGCAGAAAGAAAUGGGUGAUUCACAAGAAGUGAUAAUGAAGAAAGUAGCAUACCUGUUAUUUCCAGAGAUGUUUCAGGAUAUUCAUUCAGAACAGGAACCGGCUGAGGAUGAGGCAGAUUGCAUUGAAGACUAUUUCUUCGAUUCUCCCACGGCUGUUUUGCCUGAGCCAGACCUUGACAGUGUUGCGGCCCAGAUCACAGACCAACAAAUAAAUGAGCUUCGCAGACGGUUUGGAAUCAACCUGUGAAUAAGAUAUAGAUGUUAAGUUGUGUACGAGACAAAAAUGGUUUUUAAGUGUAUGUUCGUAGUAUUGUUUUGUUUUCAUUCAUGUCACUCAAAGCACUCUCAAUCGGCAUGUUUUCUAUGUUUUGAUAUUAUAUUUUUAUUAUUUUAGUUUGUUCCAUCUUUUAAAUUACAUAGUUGUGACAUUUGUUUUCUAAUAAGUUUUGUUUGGGUUGUUUGUUGUUCAUAUAAUUGUACAGUCAAACACGCUGUGUCAAAGUCGUUUGAAACUCGGGAAAUACUUCGAGAAAACGAACAUUUGAUAUAACCAAAAUACACAAAAUUGACAACUUUACCUCCAAAAUAAUCGGACAAGUUAGACAUAACCAGAAUAUCGAGAUAACAGAGUUCGACGUUGCGAGUUUCGACUUUACAUCUUUGUUUUAUUAAAGGUGUGUUCUUUCGGAUUGUUGAAAUGUUUAGGUAGGAUUUUGUAAUUGUUGCAUAUAAACCUCAAGUAUAUUUUUGAACGAAUUGGCUUACAUUUUUAAUUAAGCUCCUUCUAUUUUCUCUUGGUAACGAAAGCUGAUGGCUUAUAUAAUCAAUCAUAUGUCUGCUUCCUAGGUUGAAACUGGUAUUUUUUUCUAUUUCAAGAGCCCAUUAAAAAGUUACACCUUGCGGGACUCGAACUCAUAACCUCUUGGGGUGAGAAUUGAACACCUAAAUCACUUUAUCUCUUGCAUGAUUUAUUAGUUUUAGAGAGAAUUAGUAUUUCUAAAGCUGUCUCAAGUAAUGAUCUGUUUUUAUAUUCUCGCUCGUCUUUUUGUGUGUAUAUACAUUCAUUAUAACUUAAUCAUUUGAAUAUGAUAAUUUUAUUAUUGUAAAGUAGUAUAUAGAUUUUAUGCUAUUUAUGGCAUCUUUAUAGUCUUUAUUCGAUCUAUUGUUUGAAGAUCAUUCACAUAUUAAUAUUUUAUGCAUUUUAUUGGAGGUGGGGUUUUAUAUGUUUACAUAUAUCAAUAACUUUGUAAUAAAGGAAGGGCUUGGUGUUUAUAGUCUGACAACAUUAAAAACCAUAUCCACUUAUAUUGAAGGAAAGUUAGAUUAUAGAGGCUAAAAUGCACCAAUACAACAUAAAUAUUUCUAAGUCGACAGAGUUAACAUAUCUAAUAAUAUUUAAAAGUACCAGCUUUCAACGACUUGUUUGUUUAUACUUUGAUAAAAACGUACAUGGCUGAAAAAAGUCUCUAUAUAAACAUUUGCCCUUUACGAUAGUUUUAUAAUUGUGUAAUGUAUGUUAUUUAAUAGCGUUGUGUCUCUUGUUUGGUGUAUGGCACUGUUUCGUAUGUCUUUAAACAGUAUAUUGCAUCAGUUAAAGGGUUCUCAGCUGGUGAUUUCCAUUGUUUUAUUGUUUAAAUGUGCGCGGAUCAAACCCCAACAUACACUCAACGAGACACACUAAAGCCACGAAACAAAAACACAAAUUAAUAAAACGUCUAGAAAUAGUGUUCGAUGACAUUUUAAUUUUUGUUUUUCUGCCUUGGAGGGGUCAGUGAAUACUUAAUCCCUGAACCAACUUAUUUGCUUAGCUUGUUCCAACUGCAACAUAUUAGUAUGCAUAUAACAAAGCAAAAGUAGGUUAAAAGGCAUUUUGAUUAUAUUUGCACAUUACUAUAUUGUUAUAUUAUCAGAUGAAUGUUGGAUUACUUUGCAAGAUGAAGUCAAUUAUGUUUUUUGGGGUUAUCUCCCUUUGAAUAAGAACAUUAGUGCAUUUUUAAAAUGAAAAAUCUGUGUGUUGGAAUGUUGUUGGUUGUAAUCUGCGUUAAAUCAUACCAAUUUCAGAUUUUAAGCAGUACCUAUGCCACCAAGGAUGCACGUGGUGAACUCAUCAUAGAUUUCUUUUAUUUUUGCUUGGUAUUUUUUAAAAAGGAAUGUUUUGAUUAUUCAAUAUUAUAUAAUAUGUCUAGUCAGUGUUUAAUACCCUGAAACCUUUUGGUAACCGUUUUUAACAGUUUCUUUAAACACAUACAUACAUAAUGUAAUCAUAUUUAAAUAUCAAAUUCACAUUGUGCAUGUUCAGAUGAUUCUGCCAAAAUUGGCGUUGAAAUUGCCACCGUUUUGUGCAAUAUAAAUAAAUAGUUAGUUUUUACUUUUAAACAGUGAAUAUUUUACAAUCCUGCACGCACAUACAUGAACAUUGACAAUAUUUUCCGUAUGUGUUGUAGUUGUUUUAGGAUCAUUUACACAUUGAAACGCAAUAUGGUAUAUUGUGGUAUAUUGAAUAUACAAAAGUUUUUAUUAUCCGAUGUGUUUUUAUCUAGUGUUUCUUAGUUAUCUUGUAGCCUCUUAAUACCUCUCAGAAGAUUGUAUUUGAUAGAUGUUGGUGCUGCAGUUAGUUACAUGCAUAUAUUAGUAUAAUUGAAUGGCAGCCAUUUGUAUAAAACUGGUUGAUGAAUUCACAGGUUAUCUUUUGUCUAAUCUGCACAUAUAAACUAUUUGAUUGGUCAACGGCAAUUAUACGAAAAAAAUGACCAAUCAAUUACUAUUUUGGCUUACUUUAUCAUAACCAAGGACUUCAUAAGUUUUAUACAAAUGGUUGAAGAAGUACACAUUUAACCUUUAUUUUCAAUUUGACUAAUCGAAAUAGCAGUCAAAUUAUAAUAGUCAUAUGCUUGAAUAUUUUCUAUCCAUUUCAGGAUUAUUAUUUUUUAUAUAUGUGCAUACAAAAACUGUAUUAAAAUCCACUGUGUUCGGUGAAUUAUAGAAUUGUUAGACACGUUUACCAUACGUUUACAUAAUUUUAGACGGUGUACACUCAUUGUACACGUGUUCACAGUUCACAGGGUGUUAUAUGCAAUGGCGAAUGUUAAAAGGGAAUUUACCCGUUUUCAUCUUAGUCAUUAUGGUUUGUUUUACUGGCUUUUAUAGAAUAAAUUAUCAUGUUUAGAAAUGCCAAAAUGCAAUAAAAAGUUUACUGGA